AUAAGAACUUGUAAAGUGGAACAAAGCAAAUAAGAUUAUAUUAUGUUCAAAUAUGUUUUGAUCUGUUUUAUUGAAGAACAAACACAAUGUUUGGUAUUGUGAUAUAUGCAAUCGUUUCAUGCAUCUUUCAAGCUGCCUUUGUACACGCGGAUUAUGAGUGCUUAUGCAACUACAACGUAGAAAUUCCCGUAUUUUCAAAGGCUAGCUCUGCUGGUCAAGUGAUAGGAUAUUUGUACGAAUUUGACUGCAAAGCAAUUUACGCGAAAAGCGCUAAAGACUCAAAGUUUCAACCAGUACAGUUUGAAAACCAGGUUGGGUACAUUGAAAAUGGGAAUGGUCUUCAAGUUCAAGCUUGCCAGGGCAAUGUUCCAACUGAUGACCUAGUGAAAACUACAACAGUCUCUGUAGAGUCAACAACAUCAACAACCACAGAAGCGACUACAAAAGCGAAUCAACAAACAAAUAAGACGACUCCUAUGCCUAUGAUAACUGAUAACUUAACUUCCACAGUCAAAGGCACAACAACACAAGUUCCCACCAUAUCUAUCCAAAACACAACUGUUACAGCUUCAUCCAAACCAACAGGAGCAGUGGUUAUAGUUGCUAAUGGAAAUAUUACAGUCUUAACCCACCAGUCAAGUGACAAUACAACACAUGAUAACUCCACCGCACACUCGACAUUUUCUUCAAAUGUUACUAGUACAUCAACAACUAUAUUCUCUACAAUACCUGUUUCAUCUACAUCAAAUAUACCUAUUACAACGUCUCAAGCAGCACGUACGUCUUCUACAACCAUUCCGAAGCAGCCAUUCAUGGCAAAUUCUACAAGUACUCCGAUUUCCACAGCAAGUACUACUACAACUCCCCUGCCUUCUACUACACGUGUUACUACGCUGACACCUACAACGCCUACAACUACGUUUACAACAACAAUGCCUACAACAACAACAACAACAACAACGCCUACAACAACAACGCCUACAACAACUUUUACCACAACAACAAAAAGGGUGACGACAACAGCGCCGAAGCCAUCCUGUCCAAAUGGUUGGAUUAUGUACCAGACAUCAUGUUACCUGUUACAUACAAACAACAGAGUACACUGGGUAGACGCGAAUAGGGAUUGUGUAAGCAAGUCAUCACAUCUAGCAAUAAUUGAAACAGCAGAUGAAUUCAAUUUCCUAAGAGAGCAACUGACCCAUCACAUUAACAUUCACAAUGGCGAUGACUCUGAAACAUCUGCGUGGGUAGCAGGAAGGGAUGACAGAAAUGAAGGUCAUUGGGAAUGGUACGAUGGUUUUACGAACACAUACAAACCGUUUACAUACACACACUGGGGACAUGAUGAACCUGAUGCAGGAGAAGGCGAGCACGAGGAAGACUGUAUGACGAUGGUGGGAGAAAAGGGGUUCAUUUGGGCAGAUUACUCUUGCAACGAGAACAUGUAUUACGUUUGUGAGCAGUCGGCUUUACCGCACAUGAAUGUACAAACACAGAGCCCGCAAAAGCAAACACAGAGCCCGCAAAAGCAAACGAGUGCAGCAACCUGCCCAUCUGGUUGGACAAUGCACAUGGGGUCAUGUUACAUGUUUCAUACAAACAGUCGAAGACACUGGGGCGACGCAAAUAAUGACUGUGUAAGCCGAACAUCGCAUCUAGCCAUUAUUGAAACGGCGGACGAAUUCAACUUCCUUCAGCAGCAACUCGAAAAGAGAAUAGACACUCAUGAGAACGAUCAUUCCGAUACAUCAGCCUGGGUAUCAGGAAGAGAUAAUAACAAUGAGGGUACUUGGGAAUGGUAUGACGGCCUGACAAACACUUACAAACCGUUUACAUACACACACUGGGGACAUGAUGAACCUGAUGCAGGUGAUGGUGAGCAUGAAGAGGACUGCAUGACAAUGGUCGGAAAUGAAGGUUUUAAAUGGGCAGACUACUCUUGCAAUGAGAACAUGUUUUACGUUUGUGAAAAAUCGGCUUUCACGUUUGCCGCUCCUUUAGUAGGAUAACUUGAAUGUCAACACUCAAAUAAUGAACAUAAAUAAAGACACAAAACUUA